AUGCGAAAAAUAUUGGAUAUUUUCCUUUUCAAUUUCGUUCGUUCGUUUUCUUCUUCUUCUUCUUCUUCUUCUUCUUCUUCUUCUUCUUCUUCUUCUCUCCACUGCCAUUCGAAUCCACCUCUUAAUAUCAUCAAAUCAAAACAUGGUUGCUCGUCCCUGGCGUCGCUUGCCCUCCACUGGCCCCAGCAGAAUGUUAUCGAAGCCGCCUCGCUGCAUAAUAUGCCCAAACGCACUUUGGACGCGACUCCUUUGUCAUCGUCUUUGCAGUUUCAAAUUUCUCUUUUACUUUCUCUUCUUUUAAUUCCUGCGUCCCAAAUUCUUCUUUUCACCUCUCUUUUCACGUCUCUCUUAUCACCUCUCUCUUACCACCUCUCUCUCUUUUCACCUCUCUCUUAUCACCUCUCUCUUACCACCUCUCUCUUUUCCCCUCUCUCUUACCACCUCUCUCUUUUCCCCUCUCUCUUAUCACCGCUCACUUACCACCUCUCUCUUUUCACCUCUCUCUUACCACCUCUCUCUUUUCACCUCUCUCUUAUCACCUCUCUCUUACCACCUCUCUCUUUUCACCUCUCUCUUACCACCUCUCUCUUUUCACCUCUCUCUUAUCACCUCUCUCUCUUACCACCUCUCUUUUCACCCUCUCUCACCUCUUUUCUCCUCUCUCUACCACCUCUCUCUUUUCACCCUCUUUCUUUUCACCUCUCUCUCUCUCUUAUCACCUCCUCUCUCUCUCUUACCACCUCUCUCUCUCUCUUUUUCACACCUCUCUCUUAUCACCUCUCUCUUACCACCUCUCUCUUUCCCCUCUCUCUUACCACCUCUCUCUUUUUCCCUCUCUCUCUUACCACCACCUCUCUCUUUUCCUCUUACCACCUCUCUCUUUUCACUCUUUCACCUCUCUCUUAUCACCUCUCUCUUUUAUCACCUCUCUCUCUUACCACCUCUCUCUUUUCACCCCUUUUCACCUCUCUUACCACCUCUCUUUUCACCUCCUCUCUUACCUCUCUCUCUCUCUUUUCACCUCUCUCUUACCACCUCUUUCUUUUCACCUCUCUCUUAUCACCUCUCUCUUACCACCUCUCUCUUUUCACCUCUCUCUUAUCACCUCUCUCUUACCACCUCUCUCUUUUCAUCUCUCUCUUAUCACCUCUCUCUUACCACCCCUCUCCUUUCGCCACUCUUUAA